AUGGAGCCAUCGGCUGGGUUCCGGGCCUCUGUCUGGAGCUGCUUCAAGUUCUUGCCCUUCUUCUGUGGCCUUCUUCUCCUGGGGAUCAUCAAAGGUGUUCUGUUUGGCCCAUGGGCCUGGCUUAUUAUAGCGAUCGGUAUUUCUGCACUCGUCCUGGGGUUAUGGCCUAUGCAUGUGAUUUGGACGUACUACUGCAUCAUAAGAACCAAGCUGGUGGGACCUGUUGUGAAGCUGCUGCUUCUUAUUUCUGUAUCUGGGAUUUUAGUCUUGUGGCUGAUAGUUGGCAUCGUUGGAAGCGUACUUGCUGGGUUAGCAUACGGCUUUCUAGCACCAGUAAUGGCCACAUUUGAUGCACUCGGUGAAGGAAAAAAAAGGCCACUCGUUCAUUGCUUUGUGGAUGGAACAUGGAGCACUAUCACAGGAGGCUGUACAGUAGUCAGGGACCUGAAAGACAUGCUAUUCCAUUCAUAUCUUGCAUAUAUGGAUGAUCUACGGUUCCACGAACCUCCUGGUGGAAAACCAUUUGAAAUAAGAGUGCUUGAUAUUCCUGGCGCAGUACUCGCUGCCGCAUGUGGACUCUUAAUGGAUGGGAUAAUGUUCACAGCAAUUGCCUUGUACAAGUUCCCUGUGAUGCUUUUUAAAGGAUGGAAGCGACUGAUUGAAGAUCUGGUUGGCAGAGAAGGACCUUUCCUUGAGACAGCGUGUGUGCCAUUCGCUGGUCUGGCUAUUCUUCUCUGGCCAUUUGCUGUUUUAGGAGCCUUCCUAGCCUCCAUGAUCUCCAGUGUUCCUCUAGGCGCAUAUGCUGCCAUUGUGGUUUAUCAGGAAUCCUCUCUUUUCAUGGGACUAUCUUAUGCAAUAUCAUCAGUAUCCAUCUUUGAUGAGUAUACAAAUGAUGUACUUGACAUGGCACCAGGAUCUUGCUUUCCUAGGUUUGUAUACCAGAAGAAUGAAGCUUCCGUGGAAAGUACCCGUGGCCCGCUGUCAAGGCCCGCCUCAUUCAGGGAUAAGCAAGAUGGAAAGAAAGCUCCAGCACGGGUUACAUCAUUUAAGAGUAGCUUUGAUGAGUUCAAUCCAUUUAAGUUGCUAGAUCACCUAUUCGAAGAGUGUCACCACCGUGGCGAGGCUCUGGUCGCUGAAGGAGUGAUAACACCGAAAGAUAUCGAAGAAACAAAGUCAGGCAAAGGCGGCAGCGGAGUGCUUAAUGUGGGUUUGCCAGCAUAUGUUAUUCUCAAUGCACUCCUACGAUCUGCAAAGGCUGAUUCCGAUGGCCUGAUUCUCAGAGAUGGCUGUGAAAUAACAUCUGACAACAGGCCUAAGAAUACACUAUUUGAUUGGUUCUUUGACCCUCUGAUGGUCAUCAAAGAUCAAAUCAAAGCCGAGAAUUUUACAGAAGAGGAGGAGGCGUACCUUCAGAAACGCGUACUGUUGAUCAGCGACCCGAAGCGCCUCAAGGCGACUCUUCCGCAUUUGUCAUCCCUGAAUGAGCGAAAACAAGCAGAAAUAGAUGCAUUUGCUCGGAGAUUGCAAGGGAUCACAAAGUCGAUAUCAAGAUACCCGACAUUCAAGCGCCGUUUCGACGACCUAGUGAAAGCACUUUCUGAGGAGCUGGAGAGGGCAAUGGGCGGCAGCCGAUCUGUCAGUGGAUCACAGUUUCAGAAGCUCAGAAGCGGUCUUGUUCGAAUGCUUAGCCAGAGAUCGAUGGGGAAGACGGCAAGCAUCCGAGGAGGUGAUCAAGAGGCGCAGCUCACAAACGACGCUGGUGUUGCGUAA